AUGGAUAUGGAGGAUAUGGGUUUCAGGCAUUUGGUGGAUCUAGUCAGAGCAGCAGACCGACUGUCACAGGUAGAGGAGGAAACACAGGUGAACUGUCACCAUGAGACCCUCUACAGCCUGGACGACACUUUUAUUCCUGCUUGUUCAGGGAGCAUCCAGAGCCUGCACAGGUACAGCUACUUAUAUUUUACAUUAUAUGACGCUAAACUUAUUACACUUUAAUUUGAGUCUUUUACAGCCUUAUUUCUACUCUGGGAAAGAGAAGGCACAACUGAUCUAUCAAGAUUUUCACACAGACAAACUUUUUACCAAAUCAGACUUACAUGCUUUUCUUAUCAAUCUUUUUUUCAGGCUUUAGAUAAAUUAAGAAAAUUAUUUCGAUAUUUUAUUUUAACUUCAGUCAUGAGAGGGGCCACAAAUCAAAGAUUAUUAUGUGUUGAUAAUUUUCAAACAAUGACCAAGAUUUUAGAAAUCCCUGUAGAAAUCAGUGAGCGCAAAAAGACGUUAAAUUUUUAAAAGUACAUUGUUAUCAAAUCAAGUUCAUGAAGUCCCAUAUUUUAUUACACCUUUGCUUUUUCUUCAACACUGUACCACGUUUUUUGAUUUUGAUAGAUAUUUGCUUCUCUCUUAUCUUUUUAAUAUGGGAUCAUGUUAUUAUCAUUAUUAUUAUUUUUUAUUAUCGUUUUGCGAUUUAAUGUUGAAAAAAUAAGCCUGUCGCCUUCUUGAUCUCUCCUGACGCAUUAUUUCGAUUUCCAUCUUAUGAAAUCAUCUGUUUGUGGAAAAUAAAAAAAAUAAAAUAAAAUAAAAUAAAGUAAAAGAACAAAAAAAUGUUGUUACUGCUUUAGGUAUAAGAUCCAAAGCUUCAAACAUAGCCGAUGAAUUCUGUUUUGUUAGAUUUUUUUUUACAAAAAUAUUUGUACAAAAUUCUCCUGAAAUAAAUAAAAUAAGACAGUAAAAAAUAAUAAAUCUUUAUAUGACCAGUUUGUCUUUUAAAUAAGUAAAGAAAAAAAAUAUCUUAGUGUUUUAGGACUAAAAUUCAACACAGUUGCAGCAGCACAGUACUGAAGUAAAACUGAAUUAGAUACCGUCAUACAACAACAUCUGAUUUCAAACUAACUUAUCAUUCAAUUUGACUUUGUUUUUUCUUUUGUGAUUUGGUUCAAACAGCCCAUCCAAUUUGAGUUUUCUUUAAAAAGAUAUUAAUUUGUGUUUUUGAAAACUGUUAACAGGCAAACAGGUUAUAUAGGAGUUUAUUUAGAUGGCAGAUAAAACUAAAAAUCUUUGUGACACUUCUAUGUUUAUGUUAGAUGAGUGUUUUUUGUUAGUUAUGUCACCAUUGAAAGUCUUCAUCUGCACAUAAACAGAAUCAUUUUGAUCAUUUUUCAGUGAAGAAGCUGAGCAGCAACUCAGGAAGAUUCGCCAACGCCACUUUAGUGCGUCUGUCUGAGUUUCUAAGUGCGGGAUAUAAGAAGGGAGUGAGACCUGUGAAGGACUGGAGGACGUCCACCAUCGUGGCCAUAGACCUCAUGGUGUACUCCAUCCUCAACGUGGUGAGUUAUUUCACCUACACAUCCAGAGUGUCACUUAUAUCAUCAAGACGUACCCUGUUAUUACGCUAAGAUCAUCUGCUCUGUGUGUGUCAUGGCUACUUUGGAGUUAUCUUGUAUCUCUAAUUAUAUCUAAGUGAUUAUCUCUGCAGUACACACACACACACAAACGUGCAAAUCUGAUUAAAGCUCUGUUAGAUUUAAUUUGUAACACUUCAAAUUAACCUCAUAUUCACUCAGGGAUAAGCAUGCUUCAGCCCCAUGGUAAAAACACAGCUGCAGACUCUGUCCUCAUGCUAGGAAAUGCAGUUUGACCUCAGGUUUAAUGUAUGGUAAUUUGAUUAAAACAACAUUAAUUUGAAAAUGUGCAACCUGAAAAAGAGACACAGCCACAGGAUUGAGAAAUGCCCUCAUGUCCUUUGUUGUUGUUUUGUUAAAUGGCUUGAGAAAGAACAAGUGUAUUAUAACUUAGAAAUAGUCUCUUUUUUAAUGUCCCAGUGAGCUUGAGAGAGUGACUGUGAGCAGAAAUGCACAUUAUUGGGAGCCUGAAACUGAUUUUGCAAAUUUGGAUGAGUUAUCACCAAUUCAAAUGCUUGUUAUGAGGAUUUUUAUACCGUAAAAUGAUAAAUGUGUGCUGCAAAAUCCCCAAAAAGAAAGAUUUAUGGUGGUUUCUAACGACUGAUUGAUGAAUUAACAUUACAUAUACAUUAUUUUGACUGAAAACUUAAAUUUUACUGAAGUAUGUAAAAAUGUCCUGAGUGAUGUAUAUGAGCAUAAUUUAAGCAGUUAAGGUUUUUGGCAUGAGUGUUGAACAAAAAAGGACAAUAAAAAAGUAAAUUUUAAUUCAAACUAUAAUUUUUUUUCUGAUGUUUUCACUACAGGAUGAAAAGAAUCAGGUUUUGACAACCUAUGUGUGGUACAGACAGGUAAGAAAAACUCAACAAAAGUCUGUCCCAGAGUGAAGAAGAUUUAGUCUGAUGGUGGCUGGGUAGUAAAUUAGAGAAUUAAAAUGAUAAUUAAUCAGGAUGUUUUAUUCCUCUACAAACUAAAUUUGACUCUCAGCAGCUUUAAGGAUCUACAGUGAGCUUUUUCUGUGUUUCUUUUCACUUUUCAGUCUUGGACGGAUGAGUUCCUGGUGUGGAACCCAGAAGAUUUUGAUGAAGUCAAACAGGUUUCCAUCCCCACGGCGAACGUCUGGGUGCCUGACAUCCUCAUCAAUGAGUUGUAAGAACUUUUUCCUGUUGUUAUCUUUGCUUCCUGCUGGUUUUCCUCUCCCAGGUCUGUCUUCACCCUGUCUGUCUCUCUGUCCCUUUUAUCAAAUUAUUAAACUAUCUUGUUGUUCCUAACGUGCAGUGUAGACGUGGGGAAGUCUCCAGACAUACCUUACGUCUAUGUGACACAUGAUGGGCUGGUGCGAAACUACAAGCCCAUCCAGGUGGUCACAGCGUGCACGCUCAACAUCUACAACUUCCCUUUUGACGUGCAGAAGUGCAGCCUCACCUUCCAGAGCUGGCUUCAUACAAGUAAGACAGCAUCAACCUGACAUCCAGACAUUUACUCCUCAACACUAUAAUCUAUGCAAAGCACUUUUACCUUCACUGCCAGGUCAAAAUGAACUAAUUAUGGAUCUUCUUUUUUGUGUGUUUUGUGUGAGUUUUCUGACUGAACAAAAAAUAAUACGAUGAUAUAUCCAGUGUUGUUGGUUUUGCUGAAUCAAAAUUGUUUAAAAUAAACACAGAGGUCAGAAGAAAACAUCAAACUCCCUCUUUGACUCUUCCUCUCAGCAGUUGAGCAGCUAAACCAUGUCUGUGCAUCUGUGAACUCUCCCCGGCUGUGAAGCGUGCUUACAGAGCCGAGUGCUGAGUGAUAGUUAACUUGUUAUUACUGCGGUUUCACGCUGUUCUCCACACCGUGUUUCGAUCUGCAGUCGAUGACAUCAACAUCACCCUGAUGAGGAGCCCCGAGGAGCUGAGCGAAGACAAAAGUGUCUUCAUGAACCAAGGCGAGUGGGAGCUGCUUCACAUACUGUCCAAGUACAAGAGCUUCAGCGUUGACAAUGACGACUACUACGCCGAGAUGAAGUUUCAUGUGAGUGAAGACAUUUAAGACCUUUGAAGGAAGGUGCAUCCUCUAUUAAAUCUUAACAUAUUGUUCAUCUUUAUAGUUUACCUUUUUCUCUCUCACUGAGAAAAGAUCAAUUAAGUAUCAAUAUUAGUGUAUUUAAAUGUCUAUGGUAAGUGUUUAAUCAUUUUUAGGGUUAAAACUGACAAAAAAAGGCAACUGACCUGCAGAUAUGACUAUAAAUAAGGAAAUGUGUCCACCCUAUUAAACUAAGUUGUGAGUUAAUAGUCGUGGAUAAAACUUAGAUCAAAAUGGUUUCUGCUUCUUUUUUUAUUUUUUAUUUUUAUCUGGCCUUAAAAAUGUGAAUAAAUGCAAAAACCAAAGAUUCAACAGGUCUUACUUUAACGGCUACAACCUCUUCUCUAAUCUCAGACAGCAAUCCAUAUUAUUAAUAAUGCCAAUUUUGGUCAAUUUUAUUUGACAACAAAAUAUUUAGCCCUUGAUAAUUAAGGUUAAUUUUAACAUAUAGCUUAGAAAUAAGAACUAACUGGAUGGAUGUGAACUUCAAUGACUAAAGCCAAUAAAUUUAGCAUGUUCAAAUCUUACUGUCAUAUCCAUUUUCUUACUUAAUGUAAGCUAAAAUUUUCACUUUCAUAUAUUUCCCUUUAGAUUAUUUGAUAUCAUUUUACGCUUUUCUAUAAUAGCACUUACUGUGUUGUUAACUUAACUAUUUUUAAUUGCUCUAAAUGUGGAGCUUCAAAUAUUUAGUUUGAAUUUUUGUAAAACCCUCAACCCCCGGCUGAAUCUUGCUUCUUUCUCUCGACUAUUAAAGAAGAGAUUUACUUUCAAUGAUGAUAAACAAAGAGGGAACACUUUUUAAUCUAGUAAUUUAGUUGUGAGGGUGAUACACAGAGGCCUAAAUCCUCAUUAGUGGUCCCUACAAAACCCUAACCAACCCACAACCCGCUCUGUGUCACAGCAGAAACUGUAACUGAGUGUAUUCCUCUCAGGUGGUGAUCCGGCGUCGGCCGUUAUUCUACACGGUGAACCUGCUGCUUCCCAGUAUCUUCCUGAUGGUGAUGGACAUCGUGGGUUUCUAUUUGCCGCCUGACAGUGGAGAGAGAGUUUCCUUCAAGAUCACUCUGCUGCUAGGCUACUCCGUCUUCCUCAUUAUUGUGUCUGACACUCUGCCCGCCACCGCCAUAGGAACCCCGCUGAUAGGUGACCUGGCUCUCUUACUGUUUAUCUGCAGUUUGCAUUCAAAGAGUAUCUGCAAGGAGUUUCAGCAUGUCAUUUUGGUACAACACAGGGGUGAUCUAAUUCUCCUUACCUGCUCUGUAGGUGUGUACUUUGUGGUCUGCAUGGCCCUCCUGGUGAUCAGCCUCACAGAAACAGUGCUGAUUGUCCGUCUGGUCCACAAGCAGGACCUGCAGCCUCCUGUGCCCCACUGGGUGAAGUACUUGGUUUUGGAAAGAGCUCCAGUUCUCUUCUGCAUCCACAAAAAGCACCGCCUCUGCUCCAGACUGUCCUCACAGGCCUCUGAUAUGGAGCACUACAAAGACAACAACUACGGAGCAGGUACAGAACUGAGUGUGAGGGGUGUAAAAACCUGUGAAUGAACUGGUAAGAUGUUUACAGCUGCUGCCAGAACUGCAGAGAGUUAUUUUAGCAGUGUGCUGUUAAUUUGAUUUUAAUUUACAUACAUAAAGUUACUUUACAUUUUCUUCUUUUUCUGCCUUUUCUGUCGUAAAUAAGCAAAAAAAGUACAUAAAUUGAUGUUCUUUUUAGAAAACAGACCGUGGCCUCAAAUUUUAAGUCUAUAAAAUCAAAUUUCUCAUAAGUAAGUUUAAUAUUUAAUACAUUUUAGAGGAUUUUAGAUUUUAUUUGACACCAGCAAAAUAGCCAGUUUACUUUUACCGGGAUUUACUCCUCCUAAAUGUAAGACUACAAACUCUAAAGAUGAUCAAUAAUGUCAUAAAUCCACUUUUAUUUGUGUAUGAUUAGACCACUCUUUAAAAAUUUCUUAACCUUCCUCCUGUGUUCGUUUUUACUAUGCACCCCCCAUGUGAAGGGUCGGUUUUGACCUGUGUCUUAAAUCAGCUGUAAAUUAUACUAAAAAUAAUUCUCUAUCAUCCAAUUUGGUUCUCAUCUCUAUGUUACCUUGUUAGGUUUCAUUAUCCAUGAAAAUAUUGUUUAUAAUAUUUUUUGUUGUGGUCCUCUGGGCCUUUCUUUGUUAGUAUACCCCUCAUACAGAUAUCUAUACUGAACUGGUCUCACAUGUCUGGAUGUGCCUGACGUAGUUUUGUUUGCAGGGAAAAACAUGGAAAAAUGAGAAUUUCCUAAAUUUCACAUGAUUGGAGGAGGAUCUGACUGUCAGUGUGGUGCCUGGCACUUGUGAUUUCAGUUUUUGUUCUGAUUAUUAGAUAUUGAUCUAACCGGGUCAACAGUGACCCUAACACAACAAGUGCCAUAAUUUUGAUAAGAGCAUUUUACAAUUUAGUCAAUUACAUUUUUUAUUUUGGUGAAAUAGAAAUUCCUGACAAAGUCAAAAAGUCUUGAUGCAAAACAAAAACUUGUUUAAAGCAUUUAAAAUAAAAAACGGGUCACUGUAGAUCCUGACACAGGAGGAGGGUUAAAGACACCCAAAUAUUAAUCAAUACCUUCAAACAUUUGGCUCCUUAUUUAUGGGCUUCAAUAGUAAUCAUUAACUCCAUCUGCAAGAUUCGAUUCCAUAGAUUUUUCUGUUGUAGCCCUCAGUUUGUGACAUUUCUCCUCUACAACUAUUUUAGUCUUUUCUUGGUUUUACUGCCAGUAAAAAUAAUGUCAGAUUUACCAAACACCUUCUGUUGCACUGCUGAGUGAGCUGCUGUGUAUUCAGUGAUUCUGUGUACCGUCCAAUCAGAAACUACUACUUUUUUUUUUAAACUGCAGCUAAAAUAGUAAGAUUAAAAAAAUCAAAAGUGAUGAUUGAGAACAUCAUCUGUCUUUGUUCCCCCCCCAGCAGCCCAGUGCACCAUCCACCACACCUGUGAGAUCGGACGCCGGCUCAGCCAGCAUGAACGAGAGGGCGAUCUGCUCCGACUGGGCCUGCCACCCUCCAGAGACCCUACCCCGCCUGUCAUGGAUAACAUCCUGCAGGAGGUGACCGCCAUACGCCACUUCCUGGAGAAGAGGGACAGGUGCCGGGAGGUGGCAAAAGAGUGGCUGCAGGUGGGCUAUGUGCUGGACGUGCUGCUCUUCAGGGUUUACCUGGUGGCGGUGGUGGCUUACAGCAUCACACUGGGCACGCUGUGGUCAGUGUGGCAGGUCGCCUGA